AUGGCUCAAGACCAUAGGAAGCUCAGUUCAGAAAUGAUUAGCCAUAACAUCAGAAAACUUGUCAACCGAGACGUUUCACUUAAGCUGAAGGUGAUCAUUACCCAUAUUCUUGAAAAAUACAGGUACAUAAUAUCUUACAGGAAAGCAUGGACCAUUAAGUGUAAGGCCAUAAAGUCGCUCUAUAGAAAUUGGGAAACAUCUUACAACGACCUGCCACAAUGGAUACUGGUAAUAAAAACCUACCUUCCAGGAACCAUUAUAGAUUUGCAAACCCUACCUGCAAUUUCAAAUGAUGGUUCCCAACUCUCUGGAAAACGAAUCUUUCGUCGUCUAUUUUGGGCAUUUCGUCCGUGUAUACGUGGUUUUUCCUACUGUAAGCCCAUUGUGCAAGUAGACGAAACUUGGUUGUAUGGCAAGUACAGAGGAACUCUAUUGAUGGUGGUAGCAAAGAAUGGUAACACUAAUAUUUUCCCAAUAGCAUUCACAUUAGUCUAA